AUGGCGACGACCUCGAACAUGUUUCUUUACUCCCUGACCCUCCAGCCGCCUACCAACGUCACCCUGGCGGUAUUGGGUCAGUUCUCCGGAACCAAGGAGCAGAACAUUGUGACGGCGUCUGGAUCGCGGCUGACGCUGCUUCGACCCGACCCAUCCCAGGGCAAAGUCAUCACUCUACUCUCGCACGACAUCUUCGGCAUCAUUCGGUCCAUGGCCGCAUUCCGGUUGGCUGGAAGCAACAAAGACUAUCUCAUUCUCGCGACUGACUCUGGAAGGAUCACCAUCGUCGAGUACAACCCCGCGCAGAACCGGUUUCAACGGCUGCAUCUUGAGACCUUUGGAAAGUCUGGAGUACGACGCGUGAUUCCCGGAGAAUACCUUGCAUGCGAUCCCAAAGGCAGAGCAUGCCUCAUCGCCUCGGUCGAAAAGAACAAGCUUGUCUACGUUCUGAACCGAAAUGCGCAAGCCGAGCUCACGAUCUCUUCGCCCCUUGAGGCGCACAAGCCCGGAGUCCUCGUGCUUUCCAUGGUCGCGCUCGAUGUCGGCUAUGCCAAUCCUGUCUUUGCCGCCCUGGAAAUCGAGUACACUGAGGCAGACCAAGAUCCCACGGGAGAGGCUGCUCGCGAGGUCGAGACCCAACUGGUAUACUAUGAGUUGGACCUCGGCCUGAACCAUGUGGUCAGAAAAUGGUCCGAACCUGUCGAUCCCACGGCGUCUCUUCUCUUCCAAGUCCCUGGCGGGCAAGACGGCCCAAGUGGUGUGUUGGUGUGCGGAGAAGAAAACAUUACCUACAGACAUUCCAACCAGGAGGCCUUCCGCGUGCCGAUACCUCGGAGACGGGGGGCUACGGAAGACCCGUCAAGGAAACGCCACAUUGUCUCCGGCGUCAUGCACAAGCUCAAGGGCAGCGCCGGUGCGUUUUUCUUCCUGCUACAGACGGAAGACGGCGAUCUGUUCAAAGCUACCAUCGACAUGGUCGAAGACGCGGACGGCAACCCCACCGGCGAGGUCAAAAGGCUUAGGAUCAAAUACUUUGAUACCGUGCCCGUGUCAUCUAGUCUGUGCAUCCUCAAGAGUGGUUUCUUGUACGCCGCCAGUCAAUACGGCAACCACCAGUUCUACCAGUUCGAGAAGCUUGGAGAUGAUGACGAAGAGCUUGAGUUCUCGAGCGACGAUUUCCCAACCGACCCCAAGGCUGGCUACGACGCGGUGUACUUCUACCCGAGGCCACUGGAGAACUUGGCUCUUGUCGAGAGCAUCGACUCCAUGAACCCUCUGCUUGACUGCAAGGUGGCCAAUCUCACUGGCGAAGAUGCGCCGCAGAUCUACACAGCUUGCGGCAAUGGCGCUCGUAGCACUUUCCGGAUGCUGAAGCAUGGAUUAGAAGUCAACGAGAUCGUUGCGUCUGAGUUGCCUGGUAUUCCGUCAGCUGUGUGGACGCUCAAACUCGGCCGGGGCGACCAGUACGACGCGUAUAUCGUCCUUUCUUUCACCAACGGGACUCUUGUGUUGAGCAUUGGCGAGACUGUCGAAGAGGUUAAUGACUCUGGAUUUCUCACUUCAGUGCCAACCUUGGCUGCCCAACUGCUUGGUGAGGAUGGUCUUAUCCAGGUCCACCCCAAGGGUAUCCGCCACAUUCGUAAUGGCAACAUCAACGAGUGGGCUGCACCGCAACAUCGCUCUAUCGUUGCGGCAACAACAAACGAGCAUCAAGUCGCCGUCGCUCUCAGUUCAGGCGAAAUUGUCUACUUCGAGAUGGAUGGCGAUGGAUCCUUGGCUGAAUACGACGAGAAAAAGGAAAUGUUCGGAACUGUCACCUGUCUGAGUUUGGGAGAAGUCCCGGAAGGGCGUUUGAGAAGCUCAUUUUUGGCUGUCGGUUGCGACGACAGCACCGUCCGAGUUCUGUCUUUGGACCCGGACUCGACACUGGAGAGCAAGUCGGUACAAGCCCUGACAGCGCCCCCUUCAUCUCUGGCUAUCAUCGCCAUGGACGAUUCGUCGUCUGGCGGAUCAACACUUUAUCUUCACAUCGGUCUUCACUCCGGCGUCUACUUACGGACGGUGUUGGACGAGAUUACCGGAGAACUCACAGACACCCGACAAAAGUUCCUCGGUCCCAAGCCAGUCAGGUUAUUCCAAGUCACAGUCCAAGGACGGACAUGCGUGAUAGGAUUGAGCUCUCGCCCAUGGCUUGGCUACUCCGACCCAAUCACCCGAGGCUUCGUGGUGACACCCCUUAACUACGUCGACCUUGAGUGGGUGUGGAAUUUCAGCAGUGAGCAAUGUGAAGAGGGUGUUGUUGGCAUUCAGGGCCAAUCCUUGCGAAUUUUUGCUAUCGAGAACCUCGGUGACACCAUCACCCAAAAAUCGAUACCCCUAACCUACACCCCGAGGCGCCUUCUCAAGCACCCCGACUACCCCAUGUUUUACACGAUCGAGGCAGAAAACAACACCCUGCCUCCGGAUUUGAGGGCCAAGCUCAUUGCAGAGCCAGGGGUCGUCAAUGGCGACGCCACGGUUCUUCCCCCUGAUGAGUUUGGGUACCCCAAGGGCAAAGGUCGCUGGGCGUCAUGCAUCAGCGUCAUCGAUCCCCUGUCAGAGGAGCAACGAGUCUUGCAAACUGUUGACCUCGACAACAACGAAGCCGCCGUCAGCGCUGCGAUUGUUUCCUUCGCCAGUCAGGACAACGAGAGCUUUCUGAUCGUCGGUACGGGCAAGGACAUGAUUGUGAAUCCCCGACAGUUUUCUGAAGGAUAUAUCCACGUUUACCGCUUCGGUGAGGAUGGCCACGAACUGGAGUUCAUUCAUAAAACCAAGGUUGAGGAGCCUCCUACUGCUCUCCUCGGCUUCCAGGGCAGACUGCUUGCGGGUAUCGGCAAGACCCUGAGAAUUUACGACCUGGGUCUGCGACAAAUGCUCAGAAAGUCGCAGGCAGAUGUGGCACCGCAGCUGAUCGUAUCACUCAACACACAAGGAAGUCGCAUCAUCGUCGGCGACGUCCAGCACGGCGUCAUUUACGUCGCCUACAAGCCCACCACGAACAAGCUUAUUCCUUUCGUCGACGACACUAUCGCGAGAUGGGUCACUUGCACAACUAUGGUGGACUACGAAUCGGUUGCUGGAGGAGACAAGUUCGGCAACAUGUUCCUUGUCCGUUGCCCAGAGAAGGCAAGCCAGGAGGCCGAUGAGGAGCAGGCCGGACUGCACCUGUUGAACACCAGGGACUAUCUGCACGGCACGCCCCAUCGUCUGAACCUUCUCAGUCACUCCUACACCCAAGAUGUGCCGACCAGCAUUACCAAGACGAGCUUGGUCGUUGGUGGCCAAGACGUCCUUCUCUGGAGCGGCAUCAACGGCACCAUCGGUGUCUUCAUCCCGUUUGUCACGCGUGAGGACGUCGAUUUCUUCCAGAAUCUCGAGCAGCAUAUGCGAACCGAGGACGCGCCUCUUGCGGGCAGAGAUCAUCUCAUGUACCGCGGCUACUACACCCCUGUGAAGGGCGUCAUCGACGGCGAUCUUUGCGAGAGGUACACCCUCCUGCCGAAUGACAAGAAGCUGAUGAUCGCGGGUGAGCUGGACCGAUCGGUGCGGGAAAUCGAAAGGAAGAUUUCGGAUAUCAGGACGCGGUCCGCCUUUUAA